AUGGCUGACCCGUUGUUUCCGGUGGCGGCGCGCGGCGGCGGCGGCGGCGAGCAAGGCGACGCCGCGGGCCAACUGGCCGUGGCGCCGUACAAGUCGAGGACGUUCGCGCUCAACCGCACCGGCCACGCGCGCUUCCGCCGCGGCCCCGCGGUCGCCGCCGCCAUGCAGGCGGCGAGGGAUCCGGCCGUCGCCGCGAGGCGCGACGACGGGCUGAGUAGUGCGUCGGCCUCCACCAGCUCGUCGUUCCCGUCGUCGGUGACGGGCGUCACCACCGGCGAAGGGAGCGUGUCCAACGGCCGCGCCGCCCUGCUCCCGGCCGCUGCAGGUAGACGCUCCGCCGGCGGCGACAACGACGACGAGCACUGCCACUGCUCCAAGAAACGGAAGGCGUCGUGGAGGGCGAGGCGGCGGAUCCGCGUGCCGGCGAUCAGCUCCCGGAACGCCGACAUCCCGGCGGACGGCUACUCGUGGCGCAAGUACGGCCAGAAGCCCAUCAAAGGCUCGCCCUACCCACGCGGGUACUACAAGUGCAGCACGGCGCACGGGUGCCCCGCGCGGAAGCACGUGGAGCGCGACCCCGGCGAGCCCGCCAUGCUCAUCGUCACCUACGACGGCGACCACCGCCACGGCGAACCCGUCGCCGGCGGAGCACAGGACGACGCUGUCUGAUGACUCGAUCGAUGGCGCUCUAGCUAGGCUCUAGGCCUGUAGCACUUUAGCAACAAGCUAGCUAGUCUGAUCAUUUGACCGUCUGAAUACUGGGUAAUUUCUUUCUUUUGUUUUCUCACUAUAUUCACCAAUCAUU